AUGGCUCCCUUCUUCAACCCUAACUCCUCGCCAGAUCUGCCCCCCGCGCCACCGGACCUGAUCCUUGUCCAAACCGUGCACAGUCUCGGCGAGGUGUCCCCUCUGUUCCGGCUACCGAGGUUCAAACUCCACCGCGGCCAGGUCGUCGUGUACUACACGCCCCAUGAUCCCAACACGAUUGCCGUGAAGAGAGUGGUCGGCCUGCCGGGUGACAAAGUGACACCCCUGCCUGGAUACGACGGUUGGGACAGCUCCCCCGUGAUCAUUCCUUAUAACCACAUCUGGGUGGAAGGGGAUGCGAACAACCGCGACAAGUCCAUCGAUUCGAACCAUUUCGGCCCCAUCAGCCAGAACUUGGUCUGUGGAUUCGUGCUCGCCGUGUAUGUGCCAGGGUUGAAUUGGCCGGUGUGGCUCGACAGUGCGGGAGAUGAUACCCCGGCGAAGAAAGACGGGAGGGUGGAGGAGGAUGUGGUCGGAAGCGCGAGGCUCGACCCCGAUGAACAAGCGACGCAGGGCGAGGAUCCGUUUAGGAGCGGCAGUGCUGCUUUGGAAUUGGCCAUGAUCAGGAGGAACAGGGAGCUUAUGCCGGCGAAGCUGCGCGCAAAGGGCAUGCUCGAGAGGUACAGACGGAUGCAUGCGUUGGCGAGGGCAGAAGUUGCGACUGGAGAUGCGAGCACGAGGAGCGUGGCCCAGGGGUUGGUUGAGGAGCUGGAGAUUGCGUUUGAAAGCGUCGGGCUCAACAAGGAUGGCGGUCGGGUGGCCCCCGUGGUCAAGCCACGGUGGCAAGCCGGGGAGGAGGGAGAGAGCACUGCGGACAAGGAGCGGAAGCUCCAGGAAUAUCUCGCGCGGCAGCGCACUGUAUAG